AUGGAAAUGAAAAGCAUUGUUGCAGUUGUAUUGGUUUUGCCAUUUCUAGCACUGAAUGGCAAAGCUCAAGAGCCUGUGAUUUAUGACAUCACAAAGUACGGUGCUGCGCCGGGUGCCGAUAUCAGCGAGGCUCUCCUCGCUGCUUGGAAAGAAGCUUCGUCGUCAGAAAAUGCUAGCAAGAUCGUGAUUCCGCCGGGGACAUGGAUUCUAAGCCAAGUCAGGUUGACAGAAAACAAAGCCCCUCUGGAGCUUGAAAUCCAAGGCACUGUGCAAGCCUAUGCCGACCCCCAAAAACUGCCUAACAAACAAGGUGAAUGGAUCACCAUCAAUUACAACCUGAGCUUGAAUUUCAUCAACAACUCGAUAAUCCAUGACGUGACUACCAAGGACAGCAAGAACUUCCACGUGAACUGCAUCGCAAGUCACAACGUGACCUUCCAGAGGUUCCACGUGUCAGCUCCUGGGGAGAGCAUUAAUACUGACGGGCUCCACCUGGCGCGCUCCUCCUUGAUAAGCGUCCUUGAUUCCAUCAUCGAGACUGGGGACGACUGCAUCUCCAUUGGGGACGAGAGUUCCGAGUACCACAUCCAAAACGUCACCUGCGGACCCGGCCACGGCAUCAGCAUUGGAAGCCUCGGCAAAGGUGCUCAGGAGAAGGACGUAACCGGAAUCUACGUCAAGAACUGCACAUUCAAACAGACGCAGAAUGGCGUUAGGGUGAAGACAUGGCCAUCGGCCCCAGCCACACUUAAAGUCAGCAAUCUGCAUUUCGAGGACUUGAUCAUGGACAACGUGAGCAACCCCAUAAUAAUCGACCAAGAAUACUGCCCUUGGAAUCUGUGUGACAAAUCAAACCCAUCAAAAAUCCAAAUUAGCGACGUUAGUGUCAAGAACGUACGUGGAACAUCCAGCACAGCCGAGGUCGUCACAUUUGCCUGCAGCUCAGGCAAACCGUGCCAGAAUGUGGAGAUUGGUGAUAUUGAUCUUGGCUUCGUCGGGACCACUGGAAACAUCACCACCAUAUGCUCCAAUGUGAAACCCACUGUUACCGGCAAAACCAACCCGCCACUCUGUGAUUCCCCAGCAGCGGCACAAGCAGCUUAA